AAUUAAGUUUUAGGUUAAUUGUUCUAAAUAAGCGCAAUGAUCUCAUCACAGCAAGCUGUAAUUUUGGCACCACUUUGAUUUUUUAUUUAGUUUAGUCUAACGUCCAGCCAAAUUCUAAAGUAGCUUUCAGGAGCCCAGGUCUUUUAAUGACAAGCCCUGUAAUGUGUGCUGCCUUUUAAGCGAAGGAGUGACGGGCUUGUAAUUUGAGAGUCUGACCGGGGGUAUUAUUAUCUAGACCUAGCUCACAGUCUGAACGGUCCAGAUGUUCAAACAGACACAAGGAAGGACACGGCGAGGGUCUGUGUGGCUCGCGCCUGUUGAUUUAGCCAAAAACACAGGAAGGAAAGCGGACAGGAAGGUUGCAAUAUCAAACCGAGGACGAUUCUGUGUGAUUUAGCUGUUUCUGUGUCGGGAUUGCUCGGCAUUUGACGCUCUGGACAUGCGUGGGGCUGGAGCAGGAGGGCUUGUCUAAAGUUUGAACAGCAGAGCUGAAGGUACUGUUGACUGUGAUAAGGCAGAGGUGGCUAUGAUGGCUUCCCCUCUGUUCUUGCUGAUAGCCUGUCUGCUCUCAUUGCGUGUCGGAGGGGUUUUCUUUUCGGGACCCUUGCACCCAGAGAUGUCCAACGGCACCUUUCAUCAUUAUUUCGUGCCGGAUGGCAACUACGAAGAAAACGACGAUCCCGAGAAAUGUCAGAUGCUGUUCAAAAUGACCGACAAUCGCAAAUGCUCCCUGGACGAGGACCAGGACUCAGUGAUCCGGGACGAUUUUAUCAUCAUCAAGCGGCACAUCGAGGACGCGGCGAGGGUGCUGGAGGGCAUCGGCAAGAGCAUCUCCUUCGACCUGGACGGAGAGGACAGCUAUGGGAAAUACCUGAGACGGGAGACGACCCAGAUCAGCGAGGCGUUCUCUAACUCCGAGAAGUCUCUUCUGGAGCUGGAGGUGAAAUUCAAACAGAGCCAGGAAAACGAGCUGAAAGAGGAGCACAAGAUCAGCGACGACUUCCUCGGCAUGAUCGUGCACACGCGCGACGUCUUGAAGGAGACUCUGGACAUCUCGCUGGGACUGAAGGACAAGCACGAGCUGCUGUCGCUCAUCAUCCGGAGUCACGGGACCCGGUUGAGCCGUCUGAAGAACGAGUACAUGAAGGUGUAGAGGACUGCUGUCUGCCUUCAGGAGCCUGCCCAGGCAAAUCUCAGUCUGACUCUAUGGCAAGGCAUUUUAACAUUAUUCCUUCAAAUUAAGUAGGCUAGUAAUUUACUUCUUACUUGUUUUUAGUAAAUAGCAAAUUUUCCCAAUAAAAUUGUCCCAACUGUCCUAAACUGCACGCAAUUAUUCGGUUCAGAUUCAUUUCUAUGAGACAUUAGGGUCGAUCCUAGCUGUUGUCUCACUAGUUACAGAACACACACUGGUUUGUAUUUAGGCUAUUCAGUUUGUAGGCUACUACAAAGCUGAAAUAUAGCCUACAUUUUUGACCCUGGACCACAAAACCAGUUAUAAGGGUCAGUUUUUGGAAAUUGAUAUUUAUAUAUAUCAUCUGAAAGCUGAAAAAAGAAAAUAAAUAUUGAUCAUUUUGACCCAUACAAUGUAUUGUUGGCUAUUGCUACAAAAAAUACCCAUGCUACUUAUGGUCCAGGGUCACAUUUGAAUAGUUAUAAGAACUAGAGUAAAUAGUUAAUUGUUAGUAUGAAAACUGGACUAGAUACCAGCAAAAACUGGAACACAUAGGCUACUAGUCAGAAGUGAAUUGUUAAUGUCUGAACCACAGAUCUCUAUAGAAUUCACUGGAAAAAGUAGGAAAAUAUUUGGAAUUGUUUCUUGUCACUAUCACCAUAGUGAGUAGUUGAAAAUAAUUAAUAUUAGAUGUAAAAUGUAAUAAUCACUAUUGGAUUGCUUACUAACAUAAGUACUCAUAACAUAACAAUAUACUAUUUAUUUUGAAGGAAUAAUUGAUUUUUUUCUCUGUAACUACUUGGCAAAAGUGAUGCAGCUAUUCUGUGCAAUAAAUGAAAGCCAGUAUUCACUUAAUAGUAGCAAUCAUACAUGAUGGACAGCCAUUAAAUGCUUUAAACUUGGGAAUACUGCCCUUAAAUUCUGGUCAUUAAUGACAUUUGCAGAUGAUAAUACGACUGAAAUCUCAGUCUAACCAAUAUAGAGGCUUUACCUCUCAGAGGAGACAUACAAAACACUGAGUUAGUGUCAGUGUUGAGUUUCUCACUAUUUUCUCCGAAAAUGAUAUAGGGUGUAAUUGCAUUUGCUCAUUUGCAUUGGCAUUACUUGAAUGUUUCAGAGAAAAUUCAUAUUGGUUAAACAGAAGGAAUAUAGUUUUCAUUGUACAAAUGUUAGUUGUCAUAUUAAUAUUUAGUUUAUAUAAGAGCAUGUACUUGGAAUAGUUUUUAAGCAUUCAGUUUGACAAUCCUCCCAAAGAUACUGGCAUGAACAUAUUAAAAACAUACAUUUUUAUUAUUAUUAUUUUCUAUGAUACACUUGGAGGAAUAAAAACACAUUUGCUCUUCUUUGUACAUGUAAUUACAUUUUGUGUGCCCUAAGAAAUCUAUAUAUUUUAUAAUGAGCUUUUAAAAUAUUAAACUGUGAGUGUUUAUAUUUAUGAAAAAGCAUAACUGUAUUCAUUUUAUGAAACUGUAUGUGUUGCAUUAAGUAUUCUUGUAAUCCUCUAAGAAGUAAUGGGAAAAGGACAAUCUGGGAUAACAUAUUCCAGACAAACCAAGAUGACUGCGGGCAGAAUUAUUGGACUUGAAGCAUUCUACCAUGUGUAGUUCCAUUCCUGAGAUACAGUAUAUGUUGUGUAUAUUCCUUUUUGUAAUAAAAAUCUUCAAGAUAAUAUUUGUGUGAGUGCAAGAACUGCAUUGUUCUAAAACACUCCAGAAAAGAUUUAAAGUAAUAGUUGACCGAAAAAUCAAACAUCAUUCAUCCUUAACUCAGGCUUAUGUUGUUCAAAAAAGCUGCAUGACUUCUCUCAUAAUAUAUAUGAACAAAUCAUUAACAAAUUGUCCUUUGAGUUGGUUGCUCUGAUUCACUAAAUGAUUCAUUCACAAACUGGACUGACCUGGAUCCUGAGAUCAGCUUGAUGAUAACAGCUCACUGGAGAGGGAAGAUUGUCAGUGAAUUAUGUAUUUUGGUUUGUUUCACAAAUAUGUAUCUUAAAUUAGUGCACAUGUUGUUUGGAUCACAUGAUACAUUUAUGGUGUUUUUAAGUUUAUUUUAAAACUUUAAAGCUUUCCAAAUACUUCCAACACUGAUGUCAAAACUAUUCAGAGGCCUCAAAACUUUGAAUUUACCAUUUGUCUAUUAAAAAAUUAAUAUAUUGCGAUGACAUAUUAUGAAUUAAAGUCAUACAGGUUGAUGCAGAG